AUGCAUCCCCAGUUAGACAGAAACAGGUUCGAUAGCUGUGAAAAGCUCAUGGACGCUCUUGAGGAGUGCCACAAAGCCGAGUUUCUCAAAAAGGCCAUGGGCAUGUGUAACUUUGAAAAAGACGAGUUGACCAAAUGCAUUCAUGCUCAAAGAUCAGACGACGCCAAGGCAAGAAUUAGAGCCAGCAGAGAGAAGCAGAAGGUUUUGAAGGAGCAGCAGAAGAAGAGAGAUGAGGAGUUGUAUGGGAAGAAUAAUUAUUUGAAGAAGGUGAUUGAGAUGGAGGCUCUGAAGAGGCAGUAG